AGAAUAUCAGACACAAAAAGAGCAUUAACUUUGUCGCACACCCACCUACGGAUUCUCGCACUAUUAUCGCCUAUCUCCAUUCGCCGCCGCCGCCUCGCGACAGUUUUUCGCUUUACGUCCGUCGCUAGACCGCGACCAGUUUGCCGCCGCCGAUUGCCGCGCGCACAGCCGGAUUUUUUGGUAUCUACAAUUUUUUUUUUGUUUAUCGCAAACGAUUACAAAAAAACGGAAACAGAGUGAAAGGAAAUUUUCAAACGCACCACAACCCCCCCUAAAGUUCACAGCAGACUGCCCAUUUAUUGCGCUACGACUAUUAAAUUUUUGCCAAUACUAACUGCUACUGCUGCUGACACAAAAUAGUACUUACUACUCGUGUUUUUGUUAUUUAAAACCGCUCGUUAGUAAGUGUUCUAUGCGACUGGUUUUCGAUUGAUAGUAUGAUAUAACGACGACGUCGGAAGGAGAACAGAAUACCCGGAGGGAAAUCGCCGUUUGCAGCUUUCGACUAGUGUAGUGUUGAUUAGUUAUUAAAUUGUCAAAAUGCCAACAUCCGGUCCAGUAUACCAGCCAACUACGGUCAGUUAUGAACAACAAAGUGAAUGGUCUCAGCCAUCAAAUGGCUUAAUCAAUCGUACCCUGAAUCACAUCCGUAACCCGAGGUGGUUCCACUGGUCAUUUAUUUUGAUCAGUUGGAUACUGAUUGCCAUUGGUGUAUUCUUGUUCCUGUCUAUUACCACAAACUUUGUGAACUCAGACGACAUAAAGGACAACUAUACAGAAGACAUAGCAUUCUUGGUUAUUGGUUCUUUUUGUUUUGUAUUCGGUGUUGUCCUAUUAAUAGGUUAUUUCAGAUACAUCAAAGACAAGGAGAGUUGCCCUUGUUUCAACAGCAAAGCGCGACAAAUGGAAUCUCAGUCUUCAAAUGGACAAGUACUCACAUUGAACCCAUCUACAGACCUGCUGAUGGCAUCUGCACAGUAUGGACCAGUAUCAGAAGCUCCUCCUACAAUUAUCGAAGAGGAUGAAACUAGAAAAUUAAUGGGAAACGAUAACAAAGAUUGCAAUGACGAAAGGGACCACAUGUUAGUAACAAGCAACCCGCCGGUAGCGGCACUCCGUACGCAUGUACCAGGCGGAGUCUCGCCGCUUUCCGGUGAAGAUGCUUGACUUGAGGCGAAUUUCACUGAUUCUUUAUCGGGCAUCAAUGACUAUUAUCACAAUAGAUACGACAAUCCCACACCUCAUAAUCACUUCUACUCUCCACAAACACCUGUCCACAACAAAGCACAACUACACGGCAACUGGACAGCACCACUUGCAUUACACGAUGACCUGACACCAUCUAUAAGUUCAUCAGUUUAUAGUAUGGACCAGGUAAAAUAACGACAAUUUAACAGUUUAUUAUUUUAAUAAAUUGUCCAAAUUAAAAAUAAAUGUAUUUUUUUUUACUAUUUACUUCAGCGAUCAUUGGUACUAAAUUUUUUUAUACAUAUAAUUUUUGUUACCUUACCUUUUUCUAUUAUUUUUUUUUAAUAUUUUGAUUAUGUAUACGUGAGUAAAUUGUAAAGUUUCUAUUAUGUCUAUAAGUAAAACCCUUUAUUAUUGUUAAUAUUUUGCAACUUCAAAAUGUAAAUUUAAUAAUAAUUAACGAAUAAAAUAAUGUUUAUAACAAAUUUGAGGUUAUUUUAAUAUAAUAUUAAAUUAUAGUAUUAAUAAUACGAGUGUUCAACUACAGCAUUUAUUUUAAGACAAUACUAUUUUGUUGUCAUUAUAUUAUAAUGUAUUAUUAUAAAAUAUUGUAUAAGAUGUGCUGUAACAACAAUAGAUGUGAUUAACCUUAUUAAUAUGUACUUUUGUAUACUUACCAUUUUUUUUGUAUUAUUGCAUUUGACAAAGUCCAUUUUUGUAAUUAGACAUUAAGUAAUUUUAUUAUUAUG